AGGCGCAGCCAAGCACGGCAGAGCCCUGGCAACCGCGAGUAAACACGCAAACAGGCGCGCACCGCUGCCCGCCUUCGCCGCCGCCUCGCCUCCGCCUCCGCCGCACCCCUCGCUCCAUGUGACGCGCCAUGGACAUGCUCGCCGCAAAGGACCAGGAGAACUUUGUGCACGGCCUGCAGACGGCCGCCGCGAGCAAGCCGCUCAACGCGGGCCUCAAGGGCCUCGCCGCCAAAACACCCGCAACCAGGGCCCCGAAGACGCCCUUCAAGCUCCCGCUCAACGACGAGAAUGCCGUUGCACGCGGCGGCAAGUCGCUGCUGCAGACCAAGGGCACGGCGAAGGAGCAGCACGGCAAGCUGGACAGCAAUGCCUUCGUCACGCCCGCCGGCCCGCGCACCCGCGCACCGCUGGGCAUGAAGACGACCAACGCGAAAGCCAGAGCCUUCCAGACCCCCGCGCUCCUCUCCGGCUCUGCAAAGACGCAGAAAGCCAGCCCUCGCCUCCGCCGCCCCAAAGUCAAGGUCCAGCCUGACGUCCAGCAUGCCGACGAGCACGGCGUGCCCGAGGUUGAGUACAUGCCCCCAAAGGAGGUUCCGCUGCCGGAUGACAUGGACGACUACCUCCCGCGUGACUGGAAGAUCCCCAAGUUAGAGAACGGUGGAGUUGAUGACGUCUACCACAACCCCCUGGAGGACGACGGCCGCACCAAACUCCAACGUCAGUUCGAAGAAACGUUGGAGCGUGACAUUCGGAAGCGCGACGAGAAGUUCGACCGGAUUCUCGACCAGCAGAUAGAGAAGAACCACGUCGACGCUGCAAGACACUUUGGCGUGGCGCUGCCGAAGCAGAUUGUGCCGAAACCUACACUCACCGCAGGAGAACAUCUGAGACAAGGGCCGACGGGGCCAUCGACCCUGAAGGCAAGGUCUGCUGCUGCUUCGCUAUCCUCAUCGCGUAGACCCGUCUAUGCUGCCCCCACAACAGCAAUCAAGUCCCGCCUCCCAAGUAAGCAAGUUGCCGACAAGAAGUCCAUCAUUAACUCCUCUACCGCGCGCCAUGCCGCAGCCGUAGCGGCCUCCAAAAGCACCAUCGGCUACGCCCAAGGGCGCGAGAAUGCGAUGAGCAGACUUCAGCCUCGAAAGCCUCUCUCCAACGUUAUGAGGACCGCACCUUUCUCCGUCACUACUAAGCGCACGACUACGCUACCCUCGACGCACAAUCGCAACACUAGCACCUCGUCGGCCACUGGCAAAUCGCGUAGGGCCUUCUCUCGCUCAAGCUCCACGUCGACAAACGCUACGCUUGUCGCGCCACCACGAGACGCAUCAACCUACUGCACGGCCGAAGAGAUCGAGCGAGAGCUGGAGCUCAUGCUGCUUCGGGACGACGACAAUGAUGAUGAAGAAUCGUGGGCACAUAGUUUCAGUAACCUGCUAGGUGGUGGCGAUCCGUUCGAUGAGGAUGUGAAUGACUUCCAGUUCCAGCUGCCGGAAGACAUGUAAACACGAUUGGACCAUCAGGGCUGUGGCGCGGAUGGAAUCGGUGCAUGUGCUUGUGCCAGCGCAAUUUGAAACAAUCCCCACCAGCUGACGGGCGUUUGGCGUACUUUUAUUGAUGUUCAAGCAACUCUUUUGUAAAUCUACCUACGGACCAUCAGCGCCAGAAGACGCCAAUCCGUCUCACAGCCGGCACUACGUGCCGUCGAGAACCAUGAUAUCGGACGACGUUCAGCUCUUCCUGGGCUGAUCGAUAUGCACUACAUGAUACCAAAUUUUUUGUUCUGCCUGCUCUGCUCGAUGCUGCCAUGCCUCUCCUUCCUUUUUCAGUACGAUGAGCCUGUCCUUCAAGACCACGUAUAACCAGAAACCUGUCAGAUGAAG